AUGCAGCUUACACCAUUUAAUUCAUUCACUCUUUUGUCGACGGUUUCCGGCAGUGAUGGAGUCGGAAAGUUGGAAGAUCCUGUUUCUCCUGCUGGAGAGUUUCCAGCAAACAAGAAAUUUUCGGAGAGUGACGACAUAUUGGAUGAUGCAAGCACUGCUGGCACGGAUACUGAACCCGAUGACAUCUGUGAGCGGCCACAGUCGUGUAAGGGUGAUGUUUGCAAUGAUGAAAAUGAAAUCGUAUCGGACAAUGAUGAUUUCGAAGAAGACUGUGGCAGUAGUGUGCAUGAACAGUUUUUUCCUGGAAGUGAUACAAGCGGUAGUUCUGCGCUUCUUUUUUGCACGUCCGAAAAAAGAAAAACGCAUUAUUUUGCAAGAUUAUGUCUCUGUAACUGA